UCCAGCCAGCGGCCAAUGCGCGUACCCACAUGCGCAUGCGUGUCUGCGUUGAGAGAAAAAGGGAACGCGCUGUAACAGUCAGAAAGCGAAGCUGCCUCAGGACUUGAUGCCAUUCACACCAACACUACCCUGUGCUCUGCGUGUACGCUUUUUUUUUGUUUUCGCUACAUGGUUCAGGCUUGUGAACUUUAAGGUUGUCAUUACACUACUGCUUUUAUUCUGUGCCUGCUCGCCUCGGACAGAACCGAAUUUGUCGUUUUCCCACGCAGUGAAUGUCACCAAAAGCAACGUGAACUUGGCUGAAACAUCAUUGUACAGUACAACAGGCUCGUUCCACGGAUUAAACCUCAUCUGUCCGGCAGCACUGCUGGGAGAAGCUCAGACCCAUUACAUCAGAACCACUGAGAACACAGUCUUUUGAAAUGAAAGAGGGAAAAGGAUAACCUCAUGCACUGUAAAGACAUGAGAGGACCAAGGUGCACGUGAAGAUGUCCCAGAACGCAACUAAAACAUGGUGCCUUAGGCUUGUUCCAGUUCUUUUCUUCAUCUCCUUUGUCACAUACUACUGUUCCGAUGCCAUACUUCAGAGCUAUGGAAGCACCAGCAAGCCUCUGAACAGUAGCAAAACUCUGUGUGGUGGCUGGCUAACCCAGAAGAAGUGGGAGAGCCUUAACUUUAACAUUAGCAGACGGACACAGCUCUUUCUGAAACUGGAGGAUUUCUUCUGGCGGGAGCAUCUGUCAGCGCUGGAAUUACCUUAUGGCAUUAAGGGCAGCGAGCUGGUGCUACUGAAAGUUCUCGCUGUAACUGCAAAUUAUCAGGUGCCAGCCAACAUUGAAAAGCUUGAAUGUAGAACCUGUGUAGUCAUAGGCAAUGGUUUUGCCAUUAAAAACAGCUCCUUGGGAAGCAUCAUCAACAAAUACGACGUGGUCAUUCGGUUGAAUAAUGCCCCAGUGAAAGGCUAUGAAGAGGAUGUGGGGAACAAGACCACCAUGAGGUUCUUCUACCCCGAAUCGGCCUCCUACAACCCUGGACUGCAAAACGAGCCUGGCACGCUCAUGGUCCUCGUGCCUUUCAAACAGCAAGAUCUGCGGUGGCUCAAAGAAAUCCUUUAUAAUGAGAAGAGGGUCAGGAAAGGCUUCUGGAAGCCCCCUCCCCAAAUCUGGUUGGGUGAUGUCAGUAAAAUCAGAGUGCUGGACCCCCACUUUCUGCACCAGACUGCAGAUAGACUGCUCCGGAUCCCCCUGCACCCCAAGAGUAGACAGCCAGUGCAUCCUACCACGGGUAUCCUCGCUGUGGUUGUCGCUCUCAACUACUGUGAUGUGGUCCACAUUGCUGGUUUUGGAUACCCUAACUCAAAGAGCCAAAGGCAACCUAUCCAUUACUAUGGGUAUGACACCAUGAGGUCCAUGAAGAAUUCUUACCAUGACCUCAAUCAUGAAGCUGACGCCUUAAAACGACUGGAAGAUUCAGGAGCUAUUAUGUACCUGCACCCACAUUUAUGAUACACACUUUUUUUCCUGUUUGAUUGAAUCCAAAAACAAAGAUUGUACACCAAAUUGUAUCUGAAUUGGGUUUGGCUCCUCUGAUCCAAAUCGGAUCUUAAAUGUGCCUUCUGUAGCGGGAUACAAGACAUUUUUCUGUCAAGGUUUUGAGUGUCACAGAUUUAGCACUUAAGAACAUUUAUCUCCCUGGCACCUUAUAUUCUGUAGAGCUGCUUUUUUAAAAUAGAUUUCCUGUGAUUUAUCAAGUGCAAUGGUUUUUGGUAGCAUGGCUCAGCAUUUUACAUACAUUUUGAAGGUUUGUAACCAUUAUGGGUAAACUUUCUAUUAAUGGGGUGACCCAGGUGUUGGUUUAAUCUAAUCUAUCUAAUUUAGGUCUGAUAACAUUGGCUCUUCAAUAAUUCCAGUGCUUUGAUGUUGUUUUUAGGGCCAUGUGAUGGUUUGCCAUAAUGUAGGACUCAAGCAUUUCAGAUCUACAGCUCAGCAUGGGGUACAUUUCAUGCGUAUCAGUAAGCUGUAAAACUAAUCAGUAUCAUGGUUUGAGAUUUGUUUUUCAUUUUAAAAAGUAAGAUGUAGUCUUUUUUUUAAAAGUAUGUUUUACAGGAUAAAAAGAGGUGUUUUAGAAUCUCUGGGGAUUUUUUAAUAAACUUUCAAUAUACAUUUUAGUUGAAAUGAAAUGAAAAUGAACAGAUCAAACCCGAUUCACACAGUAAGGUGGAUUGCAUUCAGCUUACUUUUAGAUUUUGUCAGACUGGAAAUACACAUUGUAUUUUUUACAGUUAGAUUAGAUUAUAAUUGCUGUUUAAUUUAUUAAAUUUUUUUUCCAGAAACAAACAACUGGAAUUUUUUUUUAUUGUAAAGAAUGAAAUACAUUUUUAAUUAAAAGAAAAUCAAACUGAAUUUCAUUUGAUUCUCAUUAACCAUCCAUACAGUGCAAUUCAUAUUUGUCAACAACUCAUUCAUGUUCACAUGAAUUAUUGAACAGGCUCAUGAAUCUGCUGUAUGGGAAUCACUGCACUUUAAUGAGAUGACCUGAGUGAACCUGCAUCGAGCUGUUGUUUGUUUGGCAUACAAGAGUAUAACAUCACUGUUCGCCACUAGAUGGCAGGCAGCCUCUGUUACAUGCAUAUUAUACAGUAGGUAUUCUACUGCACUGCACAUGGUGCAGUCAUGCAGCAGCCCAUCUUGAAGUGCCGGGGGGUGGGGUGGGGGGGGGUGGUAACAGAAAAACUAGCACUAGCACAUGUGCUAGGGAACACACGUACAGUAUGAACAUCUGGAAGACCAGAAAUUUUCACAAUGCUGAUAAUUGAGAAUGACUAACACACAUUUGCCACCAGCGACAGAUGUUAAUGAUGAUUUCCAGUUUCUGUACACACGGCCCUCUAUUAGUGUUGACAUGAAUAGAGUUGUGCCCUUGGCACUUAAAAACUAGGCUUACUCAUUCGGCGGUACAACAUCAGCUAUGACAGGGUCCAGUUCAUCUGCUGAGAUCAGAGUGACAGGAGACAUUUGUUGUGCUUUCAGUCCUAUUUAUUACAGUAAAUGCUGCAUUGCUCAUACAACACCAAGUACUACAAGUAAUAAUAAUAAUAAUAAUAAUACUAACAACACUUUACUAAUUAUACCAUAUUUCUGAUAUUCUGGUGUGAAUAUAUUCAAGUAUAAUGUCAAGUGCAGAUCGGUAUCUUUUGAGUGAUGUAUACCUUGCCAUCAAGGUGAGGCUUUUGUACUAUAACUAAGUUCCACUUUGCUCGUGUAUGCUUUUAUACCAGCAGAACUCAUGAAGGGAUGUUUUUAAUGCCAUACACUAAUUCUGCUCUGAUACAUUUGCUCAGCUGUAUGUUCCAUUUUGCCUAAAUCUGUGUAUUUUGCCUGGGUUUUGUUGAUACGUAGGAUCAAUCCUAUAUUUGCAGCAGGGUACAGACCAUAAUCAUACGCCUACCCUCUUAUUCAGUUCACUACAAUUGUCAAUUGAUGGUGCUAACUGAUUUUUCUUGCCACUGAAAGCCAAUCUGACAGCAAACAAAACGUCCUUUUCAGUCCAUUUAAAGCUCAUCAUUUCAGUUUCUGAGAGCCGCCCAUUAUGUGUGGAGGGGAUAUUGUCUGUUAGUGUAAAACCAUCCUUUUUCAACCCCUCCUCAGGCAUUCAAACAUGUUUGAAAAAAAAAAAAGCAUGCAAGCAUGAGUUUCACGUUCAUUCACAUCCACAUGAAUACACACCAACUGUAUGAGCUUAUGCUUCCACUCAGAUGUACAAACAUUUACCUUCAUAUUGCUGCAAAAUAUGUAACCAGUCAUUUUUUUAAAUUAAAUUAUCUGGACUGUU